UUGGUUCUCUGAUGCAUUUGUGGUGGAAAGAUUGGCCAAAAGUUUUUGGAGAAGCAUAGCUUACUCGAAGCCGCUUCAAGCAAUACUACUUUGGCGGACCUUUUCAGAUGGAGAUCGAGAUGAACCCUUUGGUGGGGCAUGUUAAAACAUUGGCUGACUUAAAAUCCGAAAUUCAUCGACUACGAAUCAACUCUUCACCACGAACUGAAAUGCAAGGAUGUCCCAGGGUUCCGAACUCGUUGUUGCAAUCAGAUUCCAUGGGUUCUGAGCCUUCUAACUUCCACCAUUAUGAGCCAAUGGUCAUGUCUUUGGGUCCUUACCACCAUGGCGACUCCAAUCUCGUGCGUGGAGAAAAGAUCAAGCUUCUAUUGGCAGUAGAUUUCUUAAAUUAUUUGAAGGAUGGGGAAUCAUGCCGGAUAGAUAACCAGCCCGUAGAACGGCCGGUGCAUCAGCCCGUAGAGCAACCCGUGGACCAGCCCUUAGAGCAACCCACAGACCAGCCGUUAGACCGGAAAACACAGAUUGCAGUCGAUGAAUUGUACCGCGUAAUUAACGGUCUAGUUAUUAGGCUGAAAGGCUGUUAUGAUAAGGAGUUCACGGAGAAAUAUAAGGAUGAAGAAUUCAGUUUGAUGAUGCUGGUGGAUGGGUGUGCUUUACUGAGGUACAUGAUUUAUGCUUGCAUUGAUCAUGGCUAUAAUCAAGAAAAAUUCAAUAUCAGAUAUGAGGAUCUAAGCCGUCUGCACCGGGACGCGUUGCUGCUGGAGAACCAACUUCCCUAUCAAUUACUCUGUGAGCUGAUGGAUAGGUUUGCAUUAUGGAAAAGGGCUGAUUGGGAAGAGUUAUGGUUGCAAUUCUGUGGCAUGACCGAGUUUAAGGCGGAAGCGUACUCAUUCCUGCAAAAAAAAUUUUUACUUUGCUCCGGCCAGGUCACCCGACUCACCCCAAACAGCCAAAUUAUUAAGCGGCGUCGUCGGCCAAUCCUUGAUGAAGAGUCGGGGAGUGUCCUUGAUAGAGAGCAUUCUCACCUCCUCGAUCUGUACUUAAAAAAGGUGCUACGAGCGAAUCAUUCUAGCCCAACGUGUGGAGAGGAUAGUAGUAGCGGUAUGGGAUCAAUUGAAGAUGUGAAGGAGCAGUUUAUGGCAUCAUUUAGAAAUGUGAAGGAGCUUAUGGCCGCUGGAAUCCGCAUCAAGCCUAGUCAUACACGUUACUUGAGUGACAUUUCUUUUACUUCCUAUGGCAUCACUGCAUGCCUCAGGCUUCCUUCCAUUACCAUAGAUGAGUCAACCAAGACAUUGUUCUUCAACUUCAUAGCCUGGGAAAUGAGCUCAAAUCAACCCCAUGACUUCAUCUCUUACCUUCGCUUCCUUGAUUCCCUCAUUGAUAAUGCUGAUGACAUUAAGGAGCUGCAGUCCGCCGGGGUACUCCAAAACAGUCUAGGCACUCACGAAGAAGUGGCUGACUUUUUCAACACUGUGUCCGCCAAGUUGGUAUCAAACUUUCGUGCUUACAGUGAUGUGAGAGGCAAAAUUCGGAAGCACCUUAAAAGUCACCGUAGCAGCAAAGUGAAAAGGUGGUUGACAGAAUGCCUGGACAUCCACUUCGGGAGCCCCUGGACAAUAAUAGCUUGGGGUGGUGCUGCUUUGAUCCUUUUCUUUACUGCCGUCCAAACAUAUUUCGCGGCCUUUUCUCAUUGAUGCAUUCAUGGCCUGCUUUCUCGCUAUCUAUUGAGUGCUUCUGCAUUAUACCUAGCCUAAAUUCAUGGAAUCCAUAUAACCGUUUGAUGUGCAAAAUAAAUUGGGCAAAGAAUCAUUGGUCCUGUUUCUUUUCCAUUUCAGCCUAUAUUUAUAUCUUC